UUCAAACUGAAGCUUCACACGACAAUAACAUCUGCAAAACAACCAUUUACUGCAGAAAUAUUAACCGUUUAUGCAUUGAGAGUCAUAUAACCUGAUGGGAGUCUCUGAGCUGUGGUCUAUCCUGGAGCCGGUGCGUCAGUCGGUCUCGCUUUACAGUCUGUCUGGAAAGACGCUCGCUGUGGAUCUCAGUCUGUGGGUCUGUGAGGCUCAGCAUGUGCAGGGCAUGAUGGGAAGGGUCACAAAGCCGCAUCUCAGGAAUCUGUUCUUCCGCGUGUCUUCGCUCACACUGAUGGGUGUGAAGCUGGUGUUUGUCAUGGAGGGAGAAGCUCCUAAAAUAAAAGCUGAGACCAUGAGCAAACGCACUGAGAUGAGAUUCGGCAGUACGAAAGCCAAGAGCAUCCCGAAACCAGCUAAAAACACCAACCGAGGCCGAUUCAACGCUGUUCUCAGAGAGUGUGCGCAGAUGCUGGACUGUCUGGGCAUCCCUUGGGUGACGGCAGCAGGAGAAGCGGAGGCCAUGUGUGCGUUCCUGGACUCGCAGGGGCUCGUGGACGGAUGCAUCACUAAUGACGGAGACGCCUUUCUGUAUGGCGCUCGCACCGUCUACAGGAACUUCAACAUGACCACAAAGGAUCCGCAGGUGGACUGCUAUCAGUCGAGUCGAGCUCAGGAGGAGCUCGGGCUGUGCAGAGAGACGCUCGUGGGUCUGGCUGUCCUGCUGGGCUGCGAUUACAUGCCCAAGGGCAUCGCUGGAGUCGGAAAAGAGCAAACGCUGAAGCUCAUUCACAGCCUCAGGGGACAGACUCUCCUUCAGAAGUUCAGUGAGUGGAGCUCGGGUGCUUCUGGUGACUCUGAGCUGCAGAUGAAGAAAGUCACACACUGUCUGGUGUGUCGACACCCAGGCUCUGCUAAAGCUCACGAGCGCAGUGGGUGCGUUUUCUGUGUGAGCGAGCGCUUCUGUUCACCGCAGGAUUAUGACUCUCAGUGUCCCUGUGACUGGCAUCAGAUGCAAGCCUCGCGCCAGGCCUCAUCCCUUGAAAACAACAUCAGAAAGAAGACUCUGGCCUCGGAGCACUUCCCCUUCGACACAAUCAUCAAUGAGUUCCUGCUGACGAAGGACAAACCUGUUCAGGCCUUCAGGAGGAGGAAACCAAACCUGCUGCUCAUGCAGACGUUUGCUCUGGAGAAGAUGGAUUGGCCCAAACACUACAGCAGUGAGAAGCUGCUGACGCUCAUGACCUACACUGAGAUGAUAAACCGCAGACUCGGCAGAGACUCACACACACACAUGCAGCCCAUCAGGAUAUAUAAGGCACGAGUCAGGAACGGCGUCUCCUGCUUGGAGGUGAUCUGGAAAACUCCAGAUCAUUACGUGUUUGCGGAGGGCUGUGAGGAGCAGGCGGAGGUGCGGACGGUGGAGGAAGAGGCGCUUUUCUGUUUGGCCUUUCCAGAGAUCUUGCAGGAGUUCCAGCGGGAGAAAAACCAGGCCCAGGAAAACAAAACCAAGAAAAAGAAGCCAAAAGUGAAGAAAGAGGCACUGGCUCAUUCCCAUGAUGCCGUGUCACAUCUCUUCUCUCAGAUGACCCUGUACACUAAUGCAGAUGCACAGGUGGUUUUAUCUGCCCAGAAUCCCCCACAGCCUGAUCUCCAUCUGUCCCCGGGGGUCCAGACUCCGUCUUCCCGGAAUUCUCCUUCAGUGUCUGCUCUGAUUGGCCAGCUGCAUCUCAGCAGCAUUGACUGGGACUCUGCAUCGUUCACAGCCUCUCCGUCACAAAACACACACAAAACUGAUCUGAGACCUGAAGAAAAUGACAUCUGUUCACUAAAAGAGCGGAUAACAGUGAAAAAACAGCAAACAAAAGAUUCUGACGGUAUAGCAGACGAUAAAACUGAUCUGAGACCUGCUGAAAGGUCCAACUGUUCACUAAAAGAGCGGAUAAUCAUGAAAAAACAGCAAAUGAAUUAUCCUGAAAGUAGAGUAGACAACAAAACUGAUCUGAGACCUGCCCAACUCUCUAUAUGUUCACUGAAAGAGCAGAUAAUCCUUAAAAAACAGCAGACAAAAAAACCUGACUGUAAAGCAGACGAUAAAACUGAUCUGAGACCUGCAGAAAACUCCACCAGUUCUCUAAAACAGCAGAUAAUCGUUAAAAAACAGACCAAAAAUCCUGAAUAUAAAGCAGACAAUAAAACUGAUCUGAGGCCUGCAGAAAGCUUAACACGUUCUCUGAAAGAGCAGAUAAUCAUCGCAGACAACAAAACUGAUCUGAGACCUGCCCAACACUCUAAAUGUUCACUAAAAGAGCAGAUAACCAUUAGAAAACAGAUGAAAGAUCCUGACUGUAGAGCAGACGGCUAUGGUUCAAUCCCAUCAGCACUUGCAAACACUCAGCAGCACAAAGACCAUCAGAAAACACAAUCUAAAACCACAACAACUGCAAAAGCCGGUUCUAAAAGCAGCAUGGAGUUCAGUGACAGCGACACCGAGAACCGACCCAAAACACACACACACAGAAACAAAGUCAAAACCACAUCCAGACCUCCAAAACCACUCAAAACUGCCCUUACAGAUACACUCAGGCCUCAGAAAGCAGAACUCAGAGCUGCUGAAACACCUGAGAAAAAGACGCUCAUACAGGUGCAUCAUGGGAAGGUGGAGAGCGAAGACUCGGAUGCGUCAGUGGACAGUCCCAGACCUCUGGCCGAGAGACUCAAAAUGAGAUUUGCAAAGUGAGUAAUGCUGCAAAAAUCUGAUGUUUGCUUCUUUGUUUGUGAAAAUAAUGUUCAGAAAUUGAAAAUGUGCUAAUAAAUGUCAUUUUAUAUUGAUUUUAUGUGUGAAUAUUCUCAAAACUUCAUUUGU